GCUGCCACCGCCAACGAACCGGGUGCCGCGCGGGGUCCAGCAGCGCGCCGGGCAGCCGGGGCGGGGGGUGGGGGGCCCCAGCGGUCGGGCCGAGGGCGAGGCGACGCAGAGGAGGCUGAGCCCGCAGCGGGGCGGGGGCCGAGGGGGCGGGCCGGGGGUGGCCCCGGGCUAAUGGAGGCUCCGGAGCGGGCGGGUGGCGGGGAGCCCCCCGAGCCUGGCGGGCGGCCGGUACUGGGCCCGCGGGCCUUCGUCCCGCAGAAAGAGAUCGUGUACAACAAGCUUCUGCCCUACGCCGAGCGGCUGGACGCCGAGUCCGACUUGCAGCUGGCGCAGAUCAAGAGCAACCUGGGCCGAGCAGUGCAGCUCCAGGAGCUGUGGCCCGGCGGCCUCUUCUGGACGCGGAAACUCUCCACUUAUAUUCGACUUUAUGGGAGAAAAUUUAGCAAAGAAGAUCAUGUUCUUUUUAUUAAGUUAUUGUAUGAGCUGGUAUCAAUUCCAAAACUAGAAAUCAGCAUGAUGCAGGGAUUUGCCCGUCUCUUGAUCAACUUAUUAAAAAAAAAGGAACUUCUUUCAAGAGAUGAUUUAGAGUUACCAUGGAGACCACUUUAUGACAUGGUAGAAAGAAUAUUAUAUUCCAAGACAGAGCACCUGAGAUUAAAUUCAUUUCCUAAUUCUAUAGAAAAUGUUCUCAAAACCCUCGUGAAAAGCUGCCGACCAUAUUUUCCAGCAGAUGCAACAGCAGAAAUGUUAGAAGAAUGGAGGCCUUUAAUGUGUCCUUUUGAUGUAACAAUGCAAAAGGCCGUCAGUUAUUUUGAAAUAUUUCUUCCUACCUCCCUUCCUCCAGAACUGCAUCAUAAAGGUUUUAAACUUUGGUUUGAUGAAUUAAUUGGCCUUUGGGUUUCAGUGCAAAAUCUCCCACAGUGGGAGGGGCAAUUAGUAAAUCUCUUUGCUCGAUUGGCUACAGAUAAUAUAGGAUACAUAGAUUGGGAUCCAUAUGUACCAAAGAUAUUUACAAGAAUUCUGAGAAGCCUGAACCUCCCAGUGGGAAGUAGUCAAGUGUUAGUCCCAAGAUUUUUAACAAAUGCUUAUGAUAUAGGACAUGCCGUAAUAUGGAUCACCGCAAUGAUGGGUGGACCAAGUAAAUUAGUACAAAAACAUUUAGCUGGUCUGUUUAACAGCAUCACAUCUUUUUAUCAUCCUUCAAAUAAUGGGCGUUGGCUGAACAAGUUAAUGAAACUCCUUCAGCGGUUGCCAAAUAGUGUUGUUAGAAGAUUACAUCGUGAAAGAUUCAAGAAGCCCUCCUGGUUAACUCCUGUGCCUGAAAGCCAUAAGCUUACGGAUGAAGAUGUUACAGACUUUGUACAGUGCAUUAUUCAGCCUGUCCUCUUGGCUAUGUUCAGCAAAACUGGUAGUCUAGAAGCAGCCCAGGCACUGCAGAACCUUGCACUCAUGAGACCGGAGUUAGUGAUACCUCCUGUGCUUGAAAGAACAUACCCUGCUUUAGAGACAUUAACAGAACCUCACCAGCUCACAGCUACUUUAAAUUGUGUAAUUGGAGUAGCCCGAAGUUUGGUAUCAGGCAGCAAAUGGUUUCCCGAAGGUCCAACACACAUGCUACCUCUGUUGAUGAGAGCAUUGCCUGGGGUAGAUCCAAACGACUUCAGUAAAUGCAUGAUCACAUUCCAAUUUAUAGGAACAUUUUCUACUCUGGUGCCUUUAGUAGACUGUUCAUCUGUACUGCAAGAAAGAGAUGACCUCACAGAAAUUGAAAAAGAACUUUGUUCAGCAACAGCUGAAUUUGAGGAUUUUGUGUUACAAUUUAUGGACAGAUGCUUUGGACUAAUAGAAAGUAGCACAUUGGAGCAAACAAGGGAAGAGACAGAAACAGAGAAAAUGACUCAUUUGGAGAGUUUGGUUGAAUUAGGCUUGUCUUCUACGUUUAGUACAAUCCUCACACAAUGUUCCAAAGACAUAUUUAUGGUAGCCCUUCAGAAGGUCUUUAACUUUUCUGUCUCACAUAUAUUUGAAACAAGAGUUGCAGGUCGCAUGGUGGCAGACAUGUGCCGAGCUGCUGUAAAGUGUUGCCCAGAAGAAUCCCUGAAGCUCUUUGUUCCCCACUGCUAUGGUGUUAUAACUCAGCUUACAAUGAAUGAUGAUGUACUGAAUGAAGAAGAGCUAGACAAGGAGUUGCUAUGGAACCUUCAGCUUCUGUCUGAGAUUACUCGUGUGGAUGGGAAGAAGUUACUUCUAUAUAGGGAGCAGCUUGUAAAGAUUCUCCAACGAACCUUACACCUGACCUGUAAGCAAGGCUACACACUGUCUUGCAACCUUCUGCAUCAUCUUCUUCGUUCUACGACACUAAUCUACCCCACAGAGUACUGCAGUGUUCCAGGUGGCUUUAACAAGCCGCCUUCUGAAUACUUCCCUAUCAAGGACUGGGGAAAGCCUGGAGAUCUGUGGAAUCUGGGGAUACAGUGGCAUGUUCCUUCUUCAGAGGAGGUCUCUUUUGCCUUCUAUUUGUUACACUCCUUUCUUCAGCCUGAGCUUAUCAAACUCCAGCGUUGUGGAGAUGGAGAACUUGAAAUGUCUAGAGAUGAUAUUCUACAGAGUCUGACUAUAGUACACAACUGCUUGAUUGGUUCAGGGAACCUUCUACCUCCACUGAAAGGAGAGCCAGUUACUAACUUGGUACCAAGUAUGGUGUCCUUAGAGGAAACAAAAUUGUAUACCGGACUGGAACAUGACCUAUCCAAAGAAAACCACCGAGAAGUAAUUGCUAGUGUCAUAAGGAAACUUCUUAGCCACAUACUUGAUAAUUCAGAAGAUGAUACCAAAUCAUUGUUUCUUAUCAUAAAGAUCAUUGGAGACCUUCUGCAAUUCCAAGGAUCUCAUAAACAUGAAUUUGACUCCCGCUGGAAAAGCUUUAAUUUAGUAAAGAAAUCAAUGGAAAAUCGGCUCCAUGGAAAAAAGCAACAUAUCAGAGCACUACUAAUUGACAGAGUGAUGCUGCAGCACGAGUUGCGAACACUAACUGUUGAGGGUUGUGAGUACAAAAAAAUACAUCAAGAUAUGAUCAGAGAUCUUCUUCGAUUAUCAACAAGUUCAUACAGUCAGGUCAGAAACAAAGCUCAGCAAACAUUUUUUGCUGCUUUAGGAGCCUAUAACUUCUGUUGCAGAGAUAUCAUCCCCUUGGUUUUGGAGUUCUUACGGCCUGAUAGAAAGGAUGUCACACAGCAGCAGUUCAAGGGCGCCUUAUAUUGUCUACUUGGAAAUCACAGUGGCGUGUGCCUGGCAAACCUUCAUGACUGGGACUGUAUUGUGCAGACCUGGCCAGCACUUGUUUCUUCAGGACUUAGCCAAGCAAUGUCACUGGAAAAGCCAUCAAUAGUGAGAUUAUUUGAUGACCUUGCUGAAAAGAUUCAUAGACAAUAUGAAACAAUUGGCUUAGACUUCACAAUUCCAAAGUCAUGUGCUGCAAUAGCAGAAUUACUUCAACAAUCAAAGAAUCCUUCCAUUAGCCAGACACUACUUUGCCCAGAAAAGAUUAAAGAAGGACAGAAGCGUCAACAGGAUAAGAAUGCUGAUGCUGUAAGGAACUAUGAAUGUUUGGUAAAUACUUUACUAGAUGGUGUGGAGCAAAGAAAUCUGCCUUGGAAAUUUGAGCAUAUAGGAAUCGGGCUUCUGUCUUUACUCCUAAGGGAUGACAGAGUGUUGCCUCUUCGUGCCAUACGUUUUUUUGUUGAAAAUCUCAACCAUGAUGCAAUUGUUGUUCGAAAGAUGGCUAUCUCAGCUGUUGCUGGUAUUCUCAAGCAGCUAAAGAGAACUCACAAAAAGCUGACCAUCAACCCUUAUGAAAUCAGUGGAUGUCCUAAACCUGCCACAGUUCUUGCUGGUGAUAGACCUGAUAACCAUUGGUUGCAUUAUGACAGCAAAAAUAUACCAAGAACAAAAAAAGAGUGGGAGUCAAGUUGCUUUGUUGAAAAAACUCACUGGGGAUACUACAACUGGCCAAAGAACAUGGUUGUUUAUGCUGGUGUGGAAGAGCAGCCUAAACUUGGCAGAAGCAGGGAGGACAUGACAGAGGCAGAACAGAUUAUAUAUGAUCGUUUUUCUGACCCUAAGUUUGUUGAGCAGUUAAUCACAUUUCUAUCUUUAGAAGACAGAAAAGGAAGAGAUAAGUUUAGUCCCCGGCGCUUCUGCCUCUUUAAGGGUAUAUUUAGAAAUUUUGACGAUGCUUUUUUGCCUGUUCUGAAGCCCCAUUUAGAACGUUUGGUUGCAGAUUCUCAUGAAAGUACCCAGAGAUGUGUUGCAGAAAUUAUAGCUGGUUUAAUCAGAGGUUCUAAGCAUUGGACGUUUGAGAAGGUGGAGAAGCUUUGGGAGCUCCUGUGUCCGCUGCUGAGAACAGCACUGUCCAACAUGACAGUGGAGACGUACAAUGACUGGGGAACCUGUAUAGCCACAUCCUGUGAAAGCAGAGAUCCCCGGAAGCUUCAUUGGCUUUUUGAGCUGCUCUUGGAGUCACCAUUGAGUGGUGAAGGGGGGUCCUUUGUAGAUGCAUGCCGACUCUAUGUGCUACAAGGUGGCCUUGCCCAGCAAGAAUGGAGAGUCCCUGAACUAUUGCACAGACUUCUGAAGUACCUGGAACCGAAACUCACCCAGGUUUACAAAAAUGUCAGAGAAAGGAUAGGGAGUGUUCUGACCUACAUAUUCAUGAUCGAUGUUUCUUUGCCAAAUACUGCUCCAACAACAUCUCCUUGUAUCCCUGAGUUUACUGCGCGAGUCCUAGAAAAACUGAAACCUCUCACAGAUGUGGAUGAAGAAAUUCAGAACCAUGUUAUGGAAGAAAAUGGCAUUGGUGAAGAAGAUGAACGGACUCAGGGCAUUAAACUCUUAAAAACCAUAUUGAAAUUGCUUAUGGCAAGUGCAGGAAGGUCAUUUUCUACAGCAGUCAAAGAGCAGCUUCAGCUUCUGCCUCUGUUCUUUAAGAUCGCCCCAGUGGAAAAUGACAAUAGUUAUGAUGAGUUGAAAAGAGAUGCAAAGCUCUGUUUAUCACUAAUGUCUCAGGGGUUGCUCUACCCUCAGCAAGUGCCUUUGAUACUUCAGGUGCUAAGCCAGACAGCAAGAAGCAGUUCUUGGCAUGCAAGAUAUACAGUGCUGACCUACCUCCAGACCAUGGUAUUUUAUAACCUCUUUAUUUUCCUAAACAAUGAAGAUGCAGUUAAAGACAUCAGAUGGCUGAUUACGCCUUUGGAGGAUGAACAGUUAGAGGUUCGAGAAAUGGCUGCUACUACCUUAAGUGGUUUGUUACAGUGUAACUUCCUUACCAUGGACAGUGCUAUGCAGAGUCAUUUUGAGCAACUUUGCAAAACAAAACUACCCAAGAAAAGAAAACGAGACCCUGGUUCUGUGGGAGAUACCAUUCCUUCUGCAGAGUUGGUCAAACGUCAUGCUGGUGUGCUUGGACUUGGUGCGUGUGUUCUUUCUAGCCCUUAUGAUGUUCCUACCUGGAUGCCCCAGCUCCUUAUGAAUCUCAGUGCACAUUUGAAUGAUCCUCAGCCUAUUGAAAUGACUGUCAAGAAGACCUUAUCCAAUUUCCGAAGGACACAUCAUGACAACUGGCAAGAACACAAGCAGCAGUUCACUGAUGACCAGCUGCUUGUCCUCACUGACCUCCUUGUGUCACCAUGCUAUUAUGCAUAGAGGGAUGACUAUUCCUCAUUCUGGGCUCAUUUCAUCAAAAAUUCCGAUCCUCAGGUAUCAUCCGUGGUGACUCUGCAAGUUUCAGAACACAGCUUCUGUUGAGCUUUCAUCAUUUUGGUGGCUUCUGUGUUUGGCCUCAUUAGUCUGUGUUCACAGGUUCUCAGCUGCCGUUUGAUUUCCUAACUUGUCCUGAAGUGUUCCCACAAUACUGAUCACUUUUUUCUUUGAGAUGUAUGACAAAGUCACAGAGUCUCAGGCUAGAAAUAACCUAGUGCGAUCAUGGCAUUAUGACCAAACAGUCUAGAAACUUAUUAAAAAUAACAAUGUCCUUGGAAUGGAGAGUGCUCACCAGUCAUGUAGGGUCUCUCAUUUCAGUCAUCUCGUUAUUUUGAGUUCUUCUCCAAAGGCUGUUGAGUUUCGUGGUAGUCAUGGCUCAUGAAUCCGAAGUCUUGACAGCCUGUGUCUAGAGAGCCAUGAAGAGAAAAGGAUCAAAGGGGGCAAGUCUCGGAAUUAACCUAGGACCUGACAAUGCUCAACCACACUGCAGAAGUCUGUCUGUCUCCACAGACUGGAGUUUUUGGUGCUGAGUAAGAACUAAUUGCUGAAAAACUGGGGGUUUGGUGAAUAAAUUUUAGACUGAUUUGUAUGUGUAUACAGUGUGAUUUUAAAAAUAAAAAAGAACAUCAAUAAACACCCUGGUUGAUUGUUUUUUACCCUAUAAUCCUCACAAAUAUUGUUUUAUACCCCACCUUGAGAUACAUUACACUUCAUAUGAAUGGAAGAUUGUAAUUUUUGAUCUCUCUCUCUCUCUGUCCCUACCCUUCCCAUCUUCUCAUUCUCUUCCCCCCUCCCCCUCUCUCCCUUCUACCUGUAUGCCCGCCUACAGAAUCAUUAAGAUUAAUAAGACUUGAUAUUUGACUUGUUUAGUAUGUUAUGUAGAUGUAAAAGAUUGUAUAAACUGUAGAGAUGACAAUGACAAGACUUGUACAGAUGCAGCCCUUAACACAGACCAUUGUCUGGAACUGGUUAUAAAGAUUCACACACAGCUCUUUGCUUUUGUACCUACAGAAUGCCUUUUUUUUUUUUCUUUUUUCUUUUUUCUGAUGUGUGUUUUUAAAAUUAUAUUCUUUAUCUUCUCAUGUUACAAAAGCUGAAACAUAGGUGGUUUUUUAAGUUCAUUUAUCAUUAGAAUAUCUGGAUUUUUAUGUACCUUUUUGUGUGCAUUUUUAAAUAACAUGUUUGCCUGUCACAACUUUAGAGUGUAAAAUAUCUUCUAGUUGGAAUAAUUCAAAGUUGAUGAAUGUCAUCUUGUGACACACCCUUUACAAUCUUCCUUAAAGGAAUACUACAGUUUAUUUUUUAGUAUCUACAUGCUGAGUGUCUCAAUCUACACAGUAGGCUUAGUACAGUAUUGAAGUGUGAGCAUACCCAGGCAUAGUCCCUGUACAGAGUAGUACCUAAUUGACUAUUUCAAUUGUGUAACUAGUUUUAAAACCUAAUAAAAUGGAUUGUUUUUAA